UUAUCUUUCCGGUGCUGUAUCAUCAAGCGUGUGAACUGACUUUUAAUUCUAACCCCAGCUAUCAGCCAAAUGGAAGGAUGGAAGGUGAAGUGAUCAGAUCAAUGAAGAGAGCAUACGAACGAGAUGGGCUUCAGAAGAUCGCAGCAUACGGAAAAGGAGGGGAGAUUGGACAAGCUUAUGUCUUGCCGAAAGAUAAGGGUUUGGAGAGGUGCAGACCGAUCUCCCCUGCGAUCAAGGACCCCGCCACGAUCAAGGACCCCGCCAGGCUGGCGGGCUCGCGGGUUGGCAGAGUUGUAAGAUUCAUGAUGUUUGGGAUUGGGGAAGCGAAACAUUUUGAUCUACGCUCGACAGAUGAGCUGCGCGGGCGCGCGGGAAGGAUCCAAGACGAGUUGGCGAAGACACAUGACGGCGCCACAGUCAGAUGCUUUGACAUUAAGGAUAUGUUCGCAAGACUAUUCCACGGUAGUGUUCUGGACGCCGUGCGGUGGGUCUGUGAUAUCCAUCGUAGCAGGAAUCUCUGUGGGGUCAAAGUAAGUUCGAGAGGAAAGACAUGUCGGAUGGCGAGGAGUAGGAGAAAAGAGGAGGGAUUUGUGUUUCUCGAUUUUGAAAAAGUGUUGAAAGCUGUUAGAUUUGAAUUAAAGAACACCUACAUCAGGGGCACAGGGGGAUUACUCAGACAGAUGUUUGGGAUUCCAAUGGGGAGGAGCUCCAACCCAGCCCUGACAUGUUUGGUCUGUGCAAGGUCGGAAGCGCAGUUUCUAGAUUCAUUGGGGAGAGAUUGCAAGAUCGUGAAGGGUUUGAGAAUGAUUGAUGAUGUUUCUGUAUUCGUGGGCUUUGACACAACGGAUGGCGAAUCGGAGCGGAAAGCGUUAAGUAUUCUUGACCGUUUUUCAGGAUGCUAUGACCAGAGCUUGACUUUGGUGAAGCUGUCGAUGGCGCUGGUGAAGCUGAUCUUGCAGUCGCUUGCAAGGCACUUCACUGAUGAAGCGGUCACAAGAUUCGCGACAAACUUUGAGAUGCUUCAGUCCCUGAAGACGGGGAGGAAUCCAUUGGAGCUUUGUGUCUGCAAUGCGGCGUGGGUGGAGAAGUUGGUGAGGGGGGAGGAGGUGGCGACAUUCAACGCCGUAACCCACAUCAUCAUGGACACGAAUGGAUUAUGGAAGGAUGUGGAUAAGGCCAUGGCGGUGAUGAAGUCAGUUGUCAAGCUCCUUCAUCUGGUGGAUGGUACAAGAGCAACUAUGAGCAAAAUCUAUUUUGGCAUGGACGCGGUUGUGGCUAGAAUGCGCACGUUGGACUGCCUGUUGGAGGCUGAAAAGACGGAUGUGGAGAAAAUUUUGAUGGAUCGGUGAGCCUUCAAUGCCCUUGAUGACAUUAGAGAUGCAUUGCGUGUCUGCCUUCCUCAAUCCCGAGUACAGGACGCACACCGUGGAAGACACAGAGAUUCGCGAAGAGUUCAACAUCUGGAUUUACUCUUGGGCGCCGCCAAAGUUGUUGCAGCGAGAAAUCAGUACAAUAUAAAAAUUCCCACGAGAAAUGAAAGUUGAAAAAACGU